UAUGUAUAUUACUAUACUCUAUGGUCAGCCCCCUCUGUUGUGUAGCUCGGACGUGUUUUAUUAUGAUCUUUUCAAGUUCGGCCUCAAAAUCAUAAUAGUAGUACAUACAAUUAUGUUAGAAACAGUGGAAACUAUCGGAUAUGUAUGACAGACAUGAGUGCCGUGUUAACUAGGUGGAGAGUUAGUUCAGAGCAACUUGACUUACUGGUAUCGUUUAUGGAAGAACACCCAGAUUUUGCAGCCGGCAAACAAUCUAUUUACUCUCGGUUCAGUUCUAGUAAGCUCUGGCGGCUGCUAGCGGAGCGGCUGAACGCUGCGGGUAUCGACAGCGGCGGAGCACGCAAGUCCCCCGACAAAUGGUGCCGGUACUGGGCAGACAUUAAAUACAAAGCUCGUAAGAAAGCGGCUGCUGGUGGAGCACUGGGAGACCUUUCUAGUGUUGAGGAACGUGUCCAGAAUAUAUUCAACAGCAGUAGUCGGGAAUACGAGCGCGGGUGCGGCACGGUGCGCGCGCGAGGCUCCGACGACGACAUGUGCAGCGAGGGCUCCGCGCCGCCGCCCGACGCGCCGCGCCUCGCCACCGAGGAGCUGCUGGCCGAGGCCGCCAUGCGCAGCGCGCUGGCCGCCGAGAAGCAGGCCGAGGCCGUGGCGCAGGCCGUGGAGCUGCUGCGCGAGCUGCUGGCGCUGCUGCGCGAGCGGCCGGCGGCGCUGGACCCGCUGGCGCCGCUGCACCACCACCGCCUGUAGCUAGCGCAGGCCGCACAGCGCGGCGACGCGCGCGUACACGGCGUCGGCGCGGGCGCGGGCGCGGACCGCCCCGUGGCGCAGCACGUCGCGCACGUGCUGCGGCCGCGCCAGCAGGCGCCGCGCCUCGUCGCGCACGGGCGCCAGCGCGCCGCACAGCGCGCCCGCCACCACGCGCUUGUACUGCGCCGUGGUCAGCCCCUCGGCCUCCAGCACCGCCUCCUCGGGCAGCUUGUCGGCCGCGAGGCAGUGGAUCGCCACCAGGUUGGACACGCCGGGUCUGCUCUGCGGCUCGAACGUCACCUGCGAAAGUUUGCGAUUCACAUUUGUCUGAUAAGACGCGAUUGGACCUUUUUCAUACAGAAUCACUUUAACAAAAAUUUAUUUCUAUUAUAAAAUAAAGUCCUCUAUUCAGUCGUUCUCACAGACUUACAGCUGUCAGCUAACACUUGCGUCUGUUUGCUGUAUGGACGUGAGAGACUGUAUAUGAGCGUAUUAGAAUA